AUGGGCAUCGUGGAGCCGGGCUGCGGAGACAUGCUGACCGGCACCGAGCUGAUGCCGAGUGACGAGGGCCGGGGGCCCGGAGCGGACCAGCAGCAUCGCUUCUUCUAUCCGGAGCCGGGCACACAGGACCUGACCGAUCGCCGUGCAGGUGGCAGCCUAGGGACGCCCUACUCUGGGGGCGCCCUGGUGCCUGCCGCGCCGGGCCGCUUCCUCGGCUCCUACGCCUACCCGCCCCGGGCCCAGGCGGCCGGCUUCCCCGGGCCGAGCGAGCCCUUCCCGCCGCCCGCGGGUGCCGAGGGCUACCAGCCAGGGGAUGGCUACGCUGCCCCGGAUCCGCGCGCCGGGCUCUACCCAGGGCCGCGCGAGGACUAUGCAUUGCCCGCGGGGCUGGAAGUGUCGGGAAAGCUGAGAGUCGCGCUCAGCAACCACCUGUUGUGGUCCAAGUUCAACCAGCACCAGACAGAGAUGAUCAUCACUAAGCAAGGACGGCGAAUGUUCCCAUUCCUCUCUUUCACUGUGGCUGGACUGGAGCCCACAAGCCAUUACAGGAUGUUUGUGGAUGUGGUCUUGGUAGAUCAGCACCAUUGGCGGUACCAGAGUGGCAAGUGGGUGCAGUGUGGAAAGGCAGAAGGCAGCAUGCCAGGAAACCGUUUAUACGUCCACCCAGACUCCCCCAACACCGGAGCCCACUGGAUGCGCCAGGAAGUUUCAUUUGGAAAACUAAAACUCACCAACAACAAGGGGGCGUCCAACAAUGUGACCCAGAUGAUUGUCCUGCAGUCUCUGCAUAAGUACCAGCCUCGGCUGCACAUCGUGGAGGUGAAUGAUGGGGAGUCCGAUGCCGGCUGCAAUGCUUCUAAUACACACAUCUUUACUUUCCAAGAGACCCAGUUCAUUGCGGUGACUGCUUACCAGAAUGCCGAGAUCACUCAGCUGAAAAUCGACAAUAACCCCUUUGCCAAAGGAUUCCGGGAGAACUUUGAGUCCAUGUAUGCAUCUGUUGACACCAGUGUUCCCUCCCCACCCGGACCCAACUGUCAACUGCUCGGGGGAGACCCCUACUCACCUCUUCUAUCUAACCAGUAUCCUGUUCCCACCCGUUUCUACCCCGACCUUCCUGGCCAACCCAAGGAUAUGGUCUCACAGCCUUACUGGUUGGGGACAUCUCGGGAACACAGCUAUGAAGCCGAGUUUCGAGCAGUGAGCAUGAAGCCCACAUUCCUGCCCUCUGCCUCUGGGCCCACCAUGCCCUACUACCGUGGCCAAGAAGUCCUGGCACCCGGAGCUGGCUGGCCUGUGGCCCCUCAGUACCCUCCCAAGAUGAGUCCAGCUGGAUGGUUCCGCCCCAUGCGAACUCUGCCCAUGGACCCGAGCCUGGGAUCCUCAGAGGGACGGGUACCGGAGGAGCAGGGCUCCCCUUCGCUGUGGACUGAUGUCACCCCUCUCCGGCAGGAGCCCAGCGACUCCGGACUAGGCGAAGGAGAGUCUAAGAGGAGGCGGAUAUCCCCUUAUCCUUCUAGUGGCGACAGCUCCUCUCCUGCUGGGGCCCCUUCUCCUUUUGACAAGGAAACUGAUGGCCAGUUUUAUAACUAUUUUCCCAACUGAGAAGAUGUCGCUGGGUUGGAAGGCGCCAACUAAUUUAGAAAACAGACACAGGACAGAGAAGCCCCGAGUCGUCCUUUCCCGGUGUAGUGAUUGGUCGGGGAAGGAGAAGGGCAACAAGGAUUCUGGGCUUCGCUCGUUACUUCCUGGCCCACAAGGAAAUGUGACAGGAGUGUCCCCUGCCCUUUCCUCUGCCCGAACCACAGUCGUGUACCUGGUGCUGCUUCUGACCGAUGGUUCCGUGGAGAAUGGACUCCAGAAAGUUUGGGACCCAGAGGGACUUCAUGGCUUCUGACAGAAGAGUCAGGAGAGAGGCCAGGCCUGGAGACGUAGCCCUUCUCCUGCAGAGGAACUUCGAACUGUUAGUCUCUACUCUGUGUUAAUCUCUUGACCCAGAGGAAAGAUUCGUGGAUUUUUAUAACAGCCAGCCAAACAGGAAUAGGGAGAGGACUCGGGUGAUUUGGGGUGGACUGGGCCCUCCUGCGAGGGGACAAGAGAGGGGGUGCAGAGGAAGGGGUCA